UUGGCAACGUCACGAGCACAGAUGCGGACAGCAAGGGCCAGAGUAGCAAGCCCCUCUCGGAGCAUACCGAGGGCAGCUCUCACGGGGGCAUUUCCCUUGCUCCUCUGGAUACGACUUCUGGCAGGGGGGACGAGUGGUCAAGCUCGUCAGACUCCGAAGGAGCGGGUACCGAUCGUCAGGACGAGUACGAUGCCGACCGAAAAGGUCGUCCACAGCGCCCGACGCUCAUGCAGCAGGAGGAGGAUCGGAGUCGGGACGACGGUUCCGAGAAGCGGCCGGAAAGCAUUGUGUGCUCCUACACAAGGAGCACGAAGCCUAUACCUCUGCUGGCUGCCAGCGGGCGCGGCAAGUCUCACUUCAAGCUGCUUCCUGGCGAGCGCUCAAGACCGCGGGUGGCAAAGUUCUUGGCAUCUGCCAGAGCUGCUGGUACACCCUGGUUGACCCACGUUGAGGGCGAGCAAUCGCCAUUGAGCUCGGAUAGGCCGUCUCGACCUCGAGCCACUCUGCUCUCGGACCUUUUGCCCAAUGGUCUUGGAGGCCUAGUGGCGCUGCCCGUCUUUGAGACUACGCAUCAGCCUGCAUAUCUGAUACUUGUCGUCUUCAAAAAGGCGCCGCCGGCGUUUGAGGAUAGCGACCGUCUGUUCGUGGAACAGAUUGGGAGUUCUUUGAUAGCUUCUGCUCUUCGCAUACGUAGUCAAGCGGUCGAUCGAGCUCAGGUACGGCUUACACAGAGGAUGCAGCAUCAGCUGCGCACACCCCUUCACACGAUUGUGGGUAUGUGCGAAUCAGCCAAAUACAUCUUGGACUGCUCACCAGAGACGCACCAGAUGAUUGCUAGCAUCGCUCUAUCUGCCGAGUCGCUUGACGCGAGCUUGAGCGACAUCUUUGACUACUCGAUGAUGGCAGGCAUCAAGGAGCCCAAGAUCGCUCGAUCGGACGUCUGGCCCGAAACCAACUUUCGAGGUAUCUUCGACAUCACCACUAGGACUGCCAAUGCUGCGUGGCGUCUCUUCUGCUUGACAAAGGCGCCCUUGCAUGACGAUCGCGAACAAGUCCCUCCGCCCCCCGAGUUGAUCGUCACCUGUGGCCCCGGAAGCUGGGAAGACUUGCCUCACAAGUUCAAAUUUGAUUGCGAAGCGCUGACGCGAGUCGUCUCCAAACUUGUGACAAAUGCGUUGCAAGCCACUUCGCGCGGGAUUGUCUGCGUCAAUUUAGCAGUCAAAACGUCCCCUCGCAAGGACAGAGACAAAGAAGUGCGGGGCAUCAGUGACCUCCAUUUGACCGUCAGCGAUACUGGUACGGGCAUGUCAAAAGGAUUCCUCAAAGACCACGUAUUCCGGCCUUUUACCAAAGCCCUCGAAAACACCCAGGGCACUGGUCUUAGUCUGUCCAUCUGCUCCUCGGUCAUGUCGCGCUUGGGCGGUCGGGUGCAUGUCACCAGUGAAGUAGACAAGGGCUCAACGUUUGACUUCGUAUUCCCCUACCGAGGCAAGGUGGCACCCUCUAUCAAGCCGACAGGUGUCAAGGUUGCUUGCAUUCCUCUCGAUGACCAUGAGACUGCGAGGGUGAGCUUCAUCGCCUUUGUGACAUUCUUAGCACAUCAGUUCGGGGCGCAAUAUCUCGGCAACGUUGACAAGAGGCCCGAAUUACUCGACGAGGCCGCCAUUGUGUUCAUUGCCGGAGAGAGAUCCGCCAAGGACCAAGACAAGGAGGCCAUUGCUGCGCAGAUCAAUGCUCGCAGCAACACGCGGCAGGCUCGGCAGCUCCUCGUUGAGUUGCCCAAUCGAGCCUUCAUCGAUCCACCAAACAGUCUCAAGCCAGAGCGCAAGAUCGUACAAAUGGGCGAUCUAGAUGUCAUUCAGAUCUUCCGCCCGUUGGUUUUACCUGACCUAGAGCUCAUGGAAGAAGUCUUCGCCGACGUGUUGAUGGACCAGGAGCAAGCCAAACGCUCCGAAGAAGAUCAGACGCAGUCCUCGCCCACAGUUCUUGAGGGGCACUUUGGACAGUCGAGGCUCGCACCGCCGAGCACAAGUGUUCCGUCGAUCGUAGUCUCCGGCACGAGGAAACCCUUGGCCGGCAGCAAUCGCAGUACCAGGAGCAGCGCCAGUGUCAGAGGGACAGACGGGGAUUCCUGUGCCACUCCGAGGGCCCGGCGAGACUUUGUGUGCCUGGUGGUGGAGGACAAUCCACUCAAUGCCAGGAUUUUGAUUACCUUGCUCAAGCGGGUAGGCAUCAACCAUCUCGAAGCGAAGGAUGGCGUCGAAGCAGUAGAGCAGUUCAAGAAGCACCUACCUCAAGUUGUACUCCUAGAUAUCAAUAUGCCGCGCAUGAACGGCUUUGAAGCGGCCAUCGAGAUGCGCAAGGUAGAGUGUCCGUACUACCCCCGCAUCAUUGCGGUCACCGCUCUUUCGAUGGAAGCAGACAAGCUGAAGGGCAAGGAGUGUGGUAUCGAUGACUGGCUGCCGAAGCCUGUCCGACUGGCUCAGCUGGCUCAAGACGUCAAGAGUUGGAAGGAGGAAGGGGUUUGGUAUGAGGAAGUGCCGCGCGAAGACAACAGCGACGUCAGCGAAGCACCUUCCAAAGCAGGCGCAAUGCCGUCGACGGAAGAACAGGACCCGAAGGCCACUACCGCGGAGAACACCCAAGGCAACAUCCUGCUAUAGACGACGCGAGAAAGCAAAGGCAUCGUUUCCGGGGAUAUCAACAGACGCGUAGAUGCACACGAAUCUCUCUGCCGAUCAAGCUGCGUCCGAUGUCCGCAUCUGAAGCUCCUCUGUUCUCUUAGGGAUGCUCUCCCUGCCCCUUACCUGCCUAGUACC